AUGUCAACGACAUCGUUCCAAUCUCCUUCAGUCACCCUCGAAAAGGGCUCGUACCGCAUGAGAGCACCUCGCAGACUUUAUACCCCGUCGAAGCAAAGGGCCCUCAAAAGGCUACCAGACCCCUUGACGCAAGACAAGAAACUCGCCAUACUCAUCGUACUUCUCACCUCUGCAACGCUCGCUUGCUUUGGAACCGCCUACUACCUAUUCACGACGAGGUGGAGAUCCAAACCUGUUCCUCCCACUCUUGAACAUGAAGCUGAUAAUUUCAUUCAAGUCGUCCCAUAUGACACUUUGCAGACGCGUUACGCCGAGUUGCGACACGACCCCCACGCAAAAUUUCUGGCCUAUUUCCCUCACAGCGGAUUUCACAACCAGCGCAUCGCGUUUGAAAAUGCGCUUGUAUUAUCUCGUCUUCUGAAUCGCACUUUACUCGUCACUCCAGUUCGUCUGGGCGAUAAACCGAUCCGAUACGUCCAGUUCGAUACGCUGCGACGUUUUCUAUCACAGUCUGGGAAGGAAGGUCUUUUCCACUGUGCAGAUGUUGGAACACAUGUAUCUACUCCUGAAGAAUGUCUUGAUUAUUUUGACUACACUCUGAUACCUUGGAAUUGGUUGGUAGAUCUAUCUGAAAUUCGAUCGCGUCAAUCACUUCUCGAAGUCGGGAACGCGUCAACCGCUUGGCUUCAAGAAAAUCUUGGUAUUUCUAGCAAGGAUACUCUGACGCUUCGUGAUACUGGUCCAUAUGACUAUCGCUUUCUGGACUCGAUCAUGGAUAUAUCACCUUCGAAGGACAAGUAUCUUCACUCUGUAUAUAUACCUACACUCGCACGCGCCCAGGAACGGCUCCUACAAGUUGGAACACUAUUUGGAUCCUCACGGCUCCGAUUGAAGCUCGAAGCCAGCGUAAGUAUACGCCGAGACAUUCGACGAAGUAUGGCCUUUGCGAAUCCUGCUCUGACUGGCGUGGCUGAUGCCAUACACGACGCUCUUGGCAACUCGUAUAUUGGUGCGCACCUACGUGUUGGAGACGGUCAUUUUCAGCACGAAGGUGAGACAAACGCAAGGAUCAUCUGGUGGAAACUAGUCCACCAGGUACUCAAAUUCGACCUGCAAGAGACCCUCGCUCUUGAACGUCAACUGAUUGACGCUGAUGGCGAUGACGAACUGGAGCCGCCUGAACUAUUGCCAGAUCUUCCAAGCUUGCGUGUUCCCCAUCCUCCUCUGCCACCUUUUCCAGAAGCCUUUUCGUUUGAUCUAACCUGUCGUGGUGAAUUGCACCCGGUAUCACCUUUCGCGCGGUUGAACAUCCCACUAUUCAUCUCUACGGACUCGCCCGAACCCAAGACUGAUCCCGUGUUCUCGAGGUUCUUUAACACUUUCCCAUGCAUCUUCUUUCUUUCCGAUUUCCAUUCUGAGACAGCUUCUUUGGGGAGACUUAGAAACGAAUAUGACCAAGUACAGAUGACCAAGUUUUUGAUACCGUUCAUGGAUGCUAUGGUCGUCGCGAACGCGCGAGAAAUAGUGGUUACUGACGGGAGCACUUUCAGUAGGUUCGUGCAGGAUGUGUUGUGGAGGACGUAUCACGGGUUUGAGAUUGUGCAAAGGGGAUGA